AUGGCGUGGAUUCUGGUCGAUCUAUCACGUGAUGAGUGGAUCACCCUGGCUUGUCCGAGAACUUGGGCAAGCAUCGUCGCGACAACGACGACUUCGUUUUCAAUCUCCACUCCUUCAAACACGCACAUCAACCGCAAAAAUGGCCGCACUCUCAAGAUCGACUGGGCCCAGGUCACCACGUCCCUGGGUCUCCGUGGCCAGACGGCCGCCUCGCUCCAGGCUUUCAAGAAGCGCAACGACGACGUGAGGCGCAAGGUUCAGCAGCUGUCCCAGCAGCCUACCCAGGUCGACUUUGCCCACUACCGCUCCGUCCUCAAGAACCAGGCCAUCGUCGACGAGAUCGAGAAGCGCUUCACCGCCUUCAAGCCCGCCACCUACGACGUCUCGCGCCAGCUCAAGGCCAUCGACGCCUUCGAGGUUGAGGCCGUCAAGAACGCCGAAGCUACCAAGAACCAGGUCGACAUGACCCUCAAGGACCUCCAGAAGACGCUCGAGAACAUUGAGACUGCCAGGCCGUUCGAGGACCUCACUGUUGACGAGGUUGCCGCUGCCGAGCCGUCGAUUGACGAGAAGACCGCCAAGUUGGUCUCCAAGGGCCGCUGGCAGUCUAUCCAUCUUGUGUUGGAACAGCUCUCCUCAACCCGGCAGGUGUCUCAGAUGGCGACUCGACGGGUUCCCGACUCUCUGAUCCUCAAGACCGCACCACCAUUGGACCCCGCAUGGAUAGCCUACGAGAAGUCAGAUACGCCGUUCACGCCGCCAGACGACAUACUCGAGCGGCAGAAAUGGUAUGCGGAGCGGUGCCGCUCCAGACACGCAGGCAUCCUCGCCCCAGGCAUGCCAGAUCACCACCUGACGCAGGACAUGGACAUGCGGUGGCUUGAGGUGCCGACCUCUAACACAGACGAGGAUCACAAUAUCCCCGUCCUCCAAUAUACGUCGCCACGCACCACUGCAGGCCCAGACACGGUCGUCGUCUACUACCACGGCGGCGGCCUCUUUGUAGGCGAGGCCGACAGUGAGGACCUCUCGUGCCGCAAGCUUGCCAAGAGCCCCUGCGUUGACGCCGUCUACUCGGUGGGAUACCGGCUCAUGCCCAAGCACCCAGCCAGCGUGUGCGUGUCGGACGCGAUCGACGCCUUCCGCCACGUGGCAGAGGAUCUGCACCCUGGCGCGCGCGUCGUGGUGGUGGGCAGCUCCAGCGGCGGCGAGCUGGCGGCGCUCGUGGCGCAGGCCGCCGCCGUCUCAGCCUCCCGGGACAGCGCGCCGCUCCUGCAAGGCGUGCUGCUCCGCGGGCCCGUGACCUCAGACGCCUUCACGGGGCUGGACCCGUACGUGCCCGAAUCGGUGCGGCACAUGCACACGAGCGUCGACGAGCCGUCGUUUGCCAACUCGAUGCUGAGGCCAUGGAAGAGGGCGGUGCCAAGGGAUGGGUUGCCGCUCAUGCCGCUCGAGGUCGGGGAUGAGGUGCUCCGCGCCAUGCCCCGGACCUGGGUGCAGGUCUGCACCAAUGACGUGCUCUACUCUGACGGGUUGUGCUACGCCCGGAGGCUGGAGGAUUGCGACGUCGACGUGAGGGUUGACGUCGUGGUGGGUUGGCCUCAUACGUUUUGGCUCAAGGCGCCCGAGUUGGACGAGGCGAGGAAGGCGGAUGAGAAGAUGAUGGAGGCGCUGAGUUGGCCGCCCCCCAAUUUUAUGAACGAACAUGCUGUUGAUGGGGAGCGAAAGACACUGUUCCUGGACUUUGUUAGGUCUCUGCUGCAGUGGGAUCCGCAAAAACGGCCUUCGGCCCUUGAGGCGUACGCGCAUCCCUGGUUGAAGGAGUUUCGAGAGGCAGUACUUGGGCCCGAUGAAGAGGAAUAA